GCGGCGGACGAUCCGGCCGGCGGCGCGGCGCCGGAGCAUCACGGCGGCGGGUACCGGGUGGUCCAGUGGGAGUGGAGCUACGUGCAGACGCCCUACGUCAUCGCCGUCUGGCUCCUGCUCGCCAGCGUGGCCAAGAUCCUGUUCCACUUCUCCCAGCGGUUCACCACCGUGGUCCCGGAGAGCUGCAUGCUGAUCCUCCUGGGUCUGGUCCUGGGGGGCGUGGUCCUCAUAGCCAGUAAGAAGCAGCCGUACCAGCUAGAGCCCGCCCUCUUCUUCCUGUUCCUGCUGCCGACCAUCGUGGGCGACGCCGGCUACUUCAUGCCAGCGCGGCUCUUUUUCGACAACCUGGGGGCAAUCCUGAUGUACGCCGUGGUGGGGACGCUGUGGAACGCCUUCUGCACCGGCUUCUGUCUGUACGCCGCCAAACUGCUGGGGGUCAUAGACGAGCGCGUGCAGGCGGACCUGAUGGACUUCCUGCUGUUCGGCGCCCUGAUUUCAGCCGUGGACCCGGUGGCGGUGCUGGCCGUGUUUGAGGAGGUUCACGUCAAUGAAAUGCUCUUCAUCAUCGUGUUUGGAGAGUCGCUGCUGAAUGACGCCGUCACCGUGGUUCUGUACAAAGUCUACAUUUCCUUCGUGGAGGUGGGACCCCAGAACGUCCAGACAGCAGACUACUUCAAAGGAGUGGCUUCCUUCCUCAUCGUCAGCAUUGGCGGGACUCUGGUGGGGCUGGUCUUCGCCGUCCUCCUCGGCUUCAUCACUCGUUUCACCAAGAAGGUCCGCAUCAUCGAGCCGCUCUUCGUCUUCCUGCUGGUCUACCUGGCGUACCUGACCGCUGAGCUCUUCUCGCUGUCGGCCAUUCUGUCAAUGACCUUCUGCGGCAUCGGAGCCAACAAGUACGUGGAGGCCAACAUCUCGCAGAAGUCUCGGACCACCGUCAAGUACACCAUGAAGACUCUGGCAAGCAUCGCAGAGACCAUCAUCUUCAUCUUCCUGGGGAUCUCCGCCGUGGACAAGUCCAAGUGGGCCUGGGACACGGGGCUGGUGUCCUGCACGCUGGUGUUCAUCUUCGUCUUCAGAGCCGCGGGAGUGGUCGGUCAGACCUGGGUCCUCAACCGCUUCCGCCUCGUACCGCUGGAGAAGAUCGACCAGGUGGUGAUGUCCUACGGCGGCCUCCGGGGGGCGGUGGCCUUCGCCUUGGUGGUUCUCCUGGAUGGAGAACAAGUCAAAGCAAAGGACUACUUUGUGGCCACAACCAUCGUGGUUGUCUUUUUCACGGUCAUGUUCCAGGGUCUGACUAUCAAACCGCUGGUGAAGUGGCUCAAAGUUCCUCGCUCCACCAACCGGAAGCCCACCAUCAACGAGGAGAUCCACGAGAGGGCCUUCGACCACAUCCUGACGGCGGUGGAGGACAUCGCAGGACUGCAGGGGUACCACCACUGGAGAGACAAAUGGGAGCAGUUCGAUAAGAACUACCUGAGUAAGCUGCUGCUGAGGAAGUCUGUGUACCGGAAGAGUGAGCUGUGGGAGGCGUACCAGAAGAUCAACAUCCGGGACGCCAUCAGCGUCAUUGACCAGGGCGGGAACGUCCUGACUUCUGCCAGACUGUCUCUGCCCUCCAUGGCCAGCAGAGCCUCCUUCCCAGAAGUCACCAACGUCACCAAUUACCUGCGUGAGAACGGCAGCGGCGUGUGCCUGGACCUCCAGGUCAUCGAUAACGUCCCCGGAGCCAAAGUGGAGGAGGACACCGAGACUCAUCACGUCCUCGCUGGAAACCUGUACAAACCCCGGAGGCGGUAUCAGUCCCACUACAGCCGUCACUUCAUGCCUCUGGGGGAGCAGGAGCGUCAGGACCGCGAGGUGUUCCAGAGGAACAUGAGGAGACGCAUGGAGACGUUCAAGUCCACGCGGUACAAACGACACAAGAAGGAGCGCAGCCUGAAGAAGCGCCGAGGAUCUGACGUCAAAGAAGAGGGCGGAGACAAACCCAGACGCAAUGUCAGCUGGCAGGACAAAGAUCCGGUGGUUGUUCCUGUGGAGCCAGAGGGAGACAAGGCUGAACACUCCGACCCAGAAAAGGAGGACGACGUCGGGAUUACCUUUGUCGCUCGCAAAGCAGAGACACCAAAGCAGCGGCCCAAAUCAGUCCCAGCAGCUCUGGAGGUCUGUCCAAGUCCACCAGCUGAACCAGCACCAGCCUCUGGUGGAGACAGCCAUCUGCCGUGGAAGGGCGGCGUGGGCUCGCCCCCUCCCUGCUUGUCCCUGGAGGCCACCAAGAUCAUCCCUGUGGACCUCCAGCAGGCCUGGAACCAGAGCAUCUCCUCUUUGGAGAGCGUCUCCUCCCCCCCCGCACCCCCUGAAGCAGUCCACCCUCGUGUCAGCGCCCUCUCCAGGCUGGGGGGACCCCGACCAGUCUCCUACACCCCACCGGGCAGUGUGGUGGGCAGCACCACCUCCAUCGCCGCUCAGGCGGCGCAGAGCUCCUUCUGCUUCCCGGAGAAGAGGAAGAAGACGAAUUUGGAGGAAGAGGACGAAGAAGAGGA